UGAGAAUUUUGAGUGUGAAUGGGAUUGAGAAAGCUUCUCUUUUUUGGUGUACCGGAAUUUCAGAGCUCAUAUUCCAGAUUCCCUUUAGUCAUUUGUUUGUCAUACAUACACAAGCUAGCUACACCUUUAUCUAUCAUACAGUUGCGAGACAGUGUAGCAUCUUCCAGUUUCCAUUAUCUUUCUCCAGCACAUGAGCUUCAUUAAGGGUUCAUUCAAGGAAAAAGCAGUAUAAUACCAACUUAGAGUGUAUCAAGAGAAGAGAAGAGUCUGGCAGUUUCAAGACCCAUAAUGAUUAAACUCUUUGAUUCUCAUUGUCACCUCCAAGAUCCAAGGAUCCUUAAUAUGGUCCCAAAAAUUAUUAAGACCACGACUGAAACAGGAGUUGUCCAUUUUGCUGUCAAUGGCUUGUCAGAGAAAGAUUGGCAUUUGGUCAAGGAAAUGAGUGAAUGCUACCCUUGUAUUGUUCCAAACUUUGGGCUCCAUCCCUGGUUUAUAACUGAGAGGACUCCUAAUUGGCUGAAAACCUUGAGAGGAUUUUUGGAGUCUACUCCUGCUGCUGCAGUUGGAGAGAUUGGUUUAGAUAAAGGUUCAUUUGGAAGGAAGAUUGAUUUCGCUGAUCAGGUGGAUGUCUGUCGACAGCAGCUUCAACUUGCCAAAGAGUUGGAAAGACCAGCAUCCAUACAUUGUGUUCGUGCUUUCGGGGAUCUGCUUGAAUUAUUGAAAUCUGCGGGGCCUGUUCCUGCUGGUUUCAUCCUGCACUCGUACCUCGGCUCUGCCGAAAUGGUUCCUGAAUUUGCUAAGCUUGGUGCUUACUUCUCCUUCUCUGGGUUCCUUAUGUCCAUGAAGGAAAUCAAGGCGAAGAAAAUGUUAAAGUCAAUUCCUAAGGACAGGAUCUUGUUGGAGACAGAUGCACCAGAUGCUUUGCCAAAAUUGAGCAAUCCGGAUUCUCUGUAUUUGAUCGAGAAGGAAGCUUCAUCAGCUGAUGGAACAUCAAGUGGAGGAAUUAAUGAUGGAAAUCCAUCUGAGAAAUCACCGGAGGAGGACAAAGGCAAUGAACAACAGGCAGAAGAAAUCCAUAACCAUCCUGCAAACAUUCACCAUGUACUCUCCUAUGUUGCAUCACUACUUGAGCUGACAAAAGAAGAACUUGCUGAGAUAAGCUUUGCAAAUGCUUCUCGGCUAUUUUCUUAUGAAGGUUCAAAGGUACUGCAAGAGGUCUUAAAAUGAUGUUGCAUAACAUGACUAUUGGUUUCCUAAGAAGAAAUGCUGCUUCAGUUUUGAUAUCUGCUA